UCUAUACAAUAAGUUAAUUUUAACGCACGAAACAAUUUUUAUUCAGAAAGUUUGUUUUACUAAGUCACAGACAGAACACAGAAAGACACUACACAGAAAGACACUACACAGAAAAGCCUAGUCGAAAGUAUUUCUCCACAAAAGUCAUUCCACUGAUGUAUGAAACCAUAAAAGCCAAAGUAAAAUAUGAGCUUGAUCAAGCAGAUUUCUUAAGUUUAACUAGUGAUGGUUGGACCUGUCAGCACACAAUUCAAUCGUAUUACAGUUUAACAGCUAGAUUUGUAACGCAUGAGUUUACAGUUAAACAUGUCAUCUUACAAGUUACACACUUCCAUGAGUCGCACACAGGGCACAAUAUAAGUAAAUUCAUAAAUGAAGCGCUACAAUCAUAGGAAAUUCCCCAUGAAAAAAUUCAUGCAGUUUUAACUGAUAAUGCAGCCAAUGUAAUGGCUGCCAUUAAAGAGUCAAAUUUAGGCGAUAAACAUCUUCCAUGUCUGAUACAUACUUUACAACUUUGUAUUCAGAAAAAGAUUUUUAGAGAACAAAGAACAGCAAGUGAUACAAUAGCUGUUUUUCGAGCAUUAGCAGGACAUUUCCACCACUCAUCUAGUGCUGUGGCUAAACUAAAGGAAAUUCAAAGUCAACUAAAAUUGCCAGAGCAUAACAUAAUUCAAGAUGUUUCCACAAGAUGGAAUUCGACAUACUAUAUGCUUGAAAGGUUCAUUGAGCAGAAAAAAGCUAUUACAUUGUAUUGCAUUACCAGAAAUCAAGCAAAUGCAAAAAAUCCUACGGAAAAUCAAUGGCAACUUGCUGAAAUGCUUGUAUGCAUAUUAAAACACUUCGAAAGUACUUCAAAAGACAUGAGUAAAGAAACAGCAUGUAUAUCAGAGAUUAUACCAUUUAUCUAUGCAAUGGAAAAGUUUCUAGACUACGCUUGUGACACGGCAACUGAAAUAAAAACUGUUGUUGAUGAACUUAAGAAAGAUUUUAACUGUUGUUUUCAAAAAUACAAGGAUAAUGUUGAUUUAAAAAUCGCGAUGAUGCUUGAUCCUCGUUUCAAGUUAAAGUUUGUUGAAGACAAGAAUCAUAAUAUGUUUAAAGAAAUACUCCAUUUAGAGUUCUACCGUUUUUGUUCCAAAUCUCAUUUAGAACAAGUAAAAGAAAUUGAAUUUGGUGUAGCAAGAGGUAGUGGAUCAGACUCAGAAGAAUCAUUAAGUUCAUUUUCAGAAUCUAAAAUUCAUGAGUCCGACUCAGAUAUUGAUGGCCAUGGCUCUCCAUUAAAAAAAACAAAAACUAAUGAGCAUGGACAUAUAUAGCUUGUUCCACCAAAUCGGUGCAAAUGAGUAUGCUCUACAAAAUUCAGAAAAUUCUGACGGACGGAGAAAAAAGAAAAAAAAACACUAGUUCAAUGGGAAAAACUCUAACUGUCAAAGAAAAAUGCACCGAUGAAGUCAACUUCUACUUGAGCCUUCCAAUACUGCCAAAGAAUGAAUGCCCUUAUAAGUGGUGGAGUGCAUACCGUUACACUUCCUCUGAUAAAGAUACUUACAAGUUGAAUUUGUCAAAGUUUUCAAAGAAAGUUUUGUGCGCGCCUUCUUCAUCUGUAAAAAGUGAACGCUUAUUUAGCACAUCUGGAAACAUAUUUGAAGCAAAAAGAAACAGACUAUUACCCGAACAUGGAGAACAGAUUGCAUUUUUAAAUUGUAAUAUGCCUGCUUUCAUUGAAUAAAUUUUUAUUAACUAAAUAAUAGACUGUAGCUUCUUAGUUCAACUGAUUCAACUUUUUAACAAAAUUUAAAACAAAUACCAAAUUUUGUGUUCAAAUUAAAAUAAUGACUACUUUUAUAUUUUUACAUUUUACGUGUUUACAUUUUUAUAAAUUCUUUCAAAGAAUAGACCAUAAUUUACCUUAAGUAUCAGUAAAUGUCUAAGAUUUAGUGAUGUAAUCUUUCCUAUACCUGCUAGAUAUAUAGAGUUAAGACUCUAAAUUUCACUCUCUAAAUUUUUGUACAAAAUUUGUUUAAAUUUUUUAUAAUAUUGAUUUUGUUUUAUAAUUUUCCUAAAAUGGGCAUGUAGGCCAAAACAUUGAAACCUAAAACAUUGAUAUAUAAUUUUGAAAGCAACUUGAUUAUUCAAACCACCGUGGUGAAGUAAAUUGAGCUUUAAAUUAC